UCCAGAACCCUUCACUCACCCAGAAAAAGAAAACCGGAAUGAAGAGAUUGGGUUCAUGUUCGAGGCGCGCCACCGUACUAUUUCACAUUCAGGCGUCUCCCUCCAUUCCCAACCUUCCAUGAAUUCUCUCCUCAGAAUCCGCCGCUGGCCAUUUCCUUCUGCUCUCACCUCCGCUUCUCGCCGACGACUCUCUUCGUCGACCGUCACUUGUCGUACGGAGGACGGGUCGCCGGUGGAAAGCUCUAGCUUCGUUCAUCCUUGGGCGGUGGUCCAUCCCAAUGCAUUGAUUGGCGAGGGAGUUUCAAUUGGUCCAUUUUGCACCGUUGGAUCCACCGCCAAGCUUGGCAAUGGCUGCCAAUUGCAUCCCGGCAGUCAUGUUUUUGGAGAUACAGUGAUUGGGGAGCGUUGUGUUUUGAUGGCUGGUGCUGUAGUUGGUGAGGAUCUUCCCGGGAGGACCGUGCUUGGGGCAAAUAACACUGUUGGUCAUCAUUCUGUAAUCGGUGUCAAGUGCCAAGAUUUGAAAUACAAGUCAGGGGAAGAAUGUUUUCUUGAAAUUGGAGACAACAAUGAGAUUAGAGAACAUACAUCAAUCCACAGAUCUUCAAAGUCGGAUAAUCAAACGGUCAUUGGUCACAACAAUCUAAUCAUGGGUUCUUGUCACAUUGCUCAUGAUUGCAACAUUGGCAACCAUAACAUUUUUGCUAACAAUACUCUUCUAGCUGGGCAUGUUGUUGUGGGAGAUUAUGCUCACACGGCUGGUGCUAUCGUCGUUCAUCAGUUUUGCCACAUUGGUUCUUUCUCCUUUGUUGGUGGCGGAUCAGUGGUUUCGCAAGAUGUCCCCAAGUAUACAAUGGUGGCUGGAGAAAGGGCUGAACUUCGUGGUCUGAACUUGGAGGGUCUUCGUCGCCGUGGAUUCUCAGUCACAGAGCUUGUUACUCCUAUUUAAGCUAGUUCGAGCUAUUCAGAAUAGGGAGAGUAUAUUGAGUCUUUUGACUGCUAUGGCGAAACCCAUUCUUCACUGGAUUUUGUUGCGAAUUCCUGGCUCCUGGUUUGGAAGAUUAAGAGCUUGAAAGCAGCUUAUAGAAAGUUAUUCAUGCCUGUUGCUGCAAAUGCUAUGGGAUUUGAAGAGCGACUUGCCAUUCUGGACCAGGAUGAAGAGUUGAGUAAGGUCCCUGCUGUACACUCCAUGGUACAGUCUCUGCGGGAUUCUUUCCUAGAAAACCGCCGAGGAAUAUGCAAAUUCAGACAGUGGAGUGGCUCCUAAAAAGAAUUUUUAUAGGAAUCCAUCAACACUUCCCUAAAGCAGUUCAUUUGCUUUAGUUUUUGUACCAUGGAGACAAACCGCGGAGGCUAGAAGCUCAUAGAAUGCAGCUGUGUGUCGAGUAAUUUCUCAAUCGCACUGGGUUAUUCUCAGUAUAAUUUUUACUGCCAUACUUGUAUCAUGCUGAUUCCAAAACACAGGUGUUGAGUGAAAAGCUGAUUCAUGUAUACUCCUCAGUUGACCUUCUCUCAGUCAGUCUAUACUGUGAAUUUCCUGAAAAGAGUUGUUCUAGAACUAGAAAGUGAUUGGUUAAGGCUGCUUUAGACCUUCUUCUUCUUCUUCGUCAAUCCCAACUGCAUCUCUUUCCUGCAUCAUCUCCCAUUAGUAUGUUACAUAUUUGAUUACUUCCUCUGGAAAAGGGAUAUAUUCCCUCAUGAAACAGGUGGAAUAUGCUUCUAUGGCUGUUUGUCCUGUAGUUGCGAUGUUGGUUUUGUGGGUUGGAGUGUACUGAAUGGACGGUGGAGUGAUUAGAAAUGGUAAUGGUCUUUUGGUUGGCUCUAGUAUAAUAACCAGAUUUAUUAA